AUGGGAGUCCUCAGCUCAGCUAGCCGUCGCUCCACCCAGACGGAUGGAGGUAUAUCCCGCCGCUCUACAGGCCGUCAGUCAGGCGCGCAAUUACCCAUGCUCAACAUAGCCGACAAUGGCCGCAAUAAUCUUGUCGCCGUAAUCGGUGAAUUUGUGGGCACCUUCUUGUUCCUCUUUUGGUCUUUCGCUGGCACUCAAAUCUCAAACACGCCCAUGCCCCCACCGGGAUCGUAUCCUAAUACAAACAACUUGUUGUUUGCUUCGUUAGCGUUUGGAUUCUCGUUGACGGUCAAUGUUUGGGCUUUUUAUCGUGUUACGGGUGGAUUGUUCAAUCCUUCGGUUACAUUGGCUCUCUUCCUUGUCGGCGGUCUCCCAGCAGUGCGCAGUGUCUUGAUUGUGAUUGCUCAAAUUUUGGGUGGUCUCUGUGCUGCCGCUGUGGUAUCCGCUUUAUUCCCCGGCCCUUUGAAUGUCGCAACCACUUUAGGGGGUGGUACGAAUACUGCCCAGGGUCUUUUCAUUGAGAUGUUUCUCACUGCUCAGUUGGUUUUUGUCAUCAUUAUGCUUGCUGUUGUGAAGCACAAGUCCACCUUCUUAGCUCCUAUUGGAAUUGGUUUGACUUUCUUCUUGACUGAGCUUUGCGGCAUCUACUUCACCGGUGGCUCCCUAAAUUUUGCCCGCUCUCUCGGCCCUGCUAUCGUGAACAGAAGCUUCCCUCACUACUUCUGGAUCUACUUCCUUGGUCCCCUGCUCGGAUCUGCUCUCGCAUCUGGUUUCUACUACCUUCUGAACAAGAUGCGUUACGAGACUUGCAACCCCGGUCAAGAUGCUGAUAGUAUCGAGGCUGGACCCACAAAGGAGGCCAACUUAUCUUCUUCCUUUGACACCGGUGUCCCCGAUACUUAUGACGGUGGCGUUGGCGGUAACGGUGUCACCGGAAACGUCAACGGAACAGGCCGCGCCAUCAACGGACAUCAGAGGAAUAUUUCCGAAGCUACUGCUGUCAGCCCUGGAGGAUAUGCCGACACAACUGAUGGAUCUCAUAAGAACGAUGCCGCUUUCUCCCCCACAGGUCAUGGCGAAUAUCAGUCCGCCACCAAUACAGCUGCGGGCCAAUAUGGAAAUACACCCGUGAAUCAGACUCCAGGUACAUUCAACAAUCAGACAACAGGGAACCCGCGCAAUUCGUUGAAUCCGGUCCAUGAGAGAGGUGAAAGUGGACAUAUCAACCAGUUCUAA